UCUUAAAGGUUAACAAAAAGUAAUAAGAUUUUUAUUUUUAAAUAUAAAGUAAAUUUUUUAUUUAAUCUAAUUUUUAGGCUAUAAUUAAUACCUAUUGUUAUUAUGGGUCACGAUAUUUGGAAUUUUAUUGAUAAUAGUGAUUUGAACGAAUAUACUUUGAUAGUACCAAGUGUCGCAGUUGGAAAUGUUGGACAAUUAUCCUGUGACUUGCUAAUUUCGUCGUUACAAAUGAAAAAAAUUGCAUCGGUUUAUAGCCCUGCUCUCAUACCUGUAUUAGGAUAUGAUCCAUACAAUUUACAAUCCAACAGUCUUUCAAGCAGUUGUGAAAUUUAUAAAUCUGACAGAAAAAACAUUGUUGUCUUACAAUUAAGGGCUCCACUUAUUUGCAAAAGUGCACGAAUCUUUCUUGAAGAAAUUAUAAAGAGAUUCAAAGAGAAAAACAUAAAAGAUAUUAUUAUACUAACAAGUAGUUUUGCUCAUGAAAAUAAGCAUAUAUCUACUUCACCAUUUAGGUUUGUGGCAAGUGAAUCAUCUUUAUAUAAGAAGAAAAUUCUUGAUUUGCACUGGAUAGAACAUAAAUGUGUUGAUUCACCUUUGAAGAUAUAUGGUGGGGGAUUUUCUUCUUUACUCUAUGAAAUUUGUCAAGAAAACUCCAUGCCAUGUUUAAUUUUGUAUAAGUAUUGUUCAGAAGGAGACAAUAUUCCAGAUGCCUAUGAUAUGAUCAGUCAUUUGUCAAGUGUAGUACCAUUAUUUUCUGACAAAUUUGAUUUAUUGUCACAAAUGAUACAACCAGUAUCAUGGAAACUUUUGUUUGGUAGGCCACCACCAAGAGAUAUUUAUUAAAAUCAUUUGAAAUAA